UAUAUAUAUAUAUAUAUAUAUAUAUAAAACGAAAACAAAAAACGGGGCAGCGUCACAGACUCACAAACCCUGGCCGCGAGAACCCACCCAGCUUGAACCCACCUUGCGCCGCCACCACCUGCCGCUCGCGCCACCGCCGUCGCACCACCGGUUCACCACGGCACCACCACUGUGCUGAAUAUGCUGAUUCCACCUUCCAUUUUAGAGAUCAAGAGGGAGUUUGUUGAAAUUAGCAUAUGCGAAUUUUAUUUGUGAAUUGUGAGAUGAAACCCACCUUGCUAUUCCACGGUUUCCACCUUCCAUUUUAGAGAUGGGAGUCAAUUUUAUGAAUUGUGAUAAACUGAUAAUGACAUUCCACCUUGAAAAUUGCUAUUCCACCUUGGACAGUUGGACGGUGGAGUCAGUGGACUUAAUUUUUGUUGUGAAUCAAUUAAUUUCAUUUAUUAAUUUGAGAAUUGUGAUUAUGACAUUCAAUUAAUUCCACUCUCCAUUUCGUCUAUUAAUUUGUGAAUUAAUUUCGUUUAUUAAUAGGGUAUGACUUAUUUAUCUAUUAAUUUCAGCUUAGCAAUCAAUUUAUUAAUUUGAAUUAAUUUAAUUUUAUAGGAAAUGGAACGUUUUUUUUCUAAAAAACGUAGAGGUGAAUCUUCAAGUUGUUCAAUUACACCUUUUAUUGGAGCAAGUGCUGAAGCAAAUGUAGAAGUUGAAGAAAAUGUGGAAACUGAAACAAAUGGGGGUAGUUUUAAGAUAUGUGAAUGAUAAAGAAUGUGUAAUUGAAAGAUUUAUUGGCAUUGUGCAUGUUGUUGACACUUGUUCACAUUCUCUUAAAGAUGCUCUUAGUGCUUUAUUUGUGAAACAUGGUUUAUCACUAUCAAAACUGAGAGGUCAAGGAUAUGAUGGAGCUUCAAACAUGAGAGGUGAGUUCAAUGGGUUGAAGGCCUUAAUAUUGGAAGAAAAUCCUUAUGCUAUGUACAUUCAUUGUUUUUCACAUCAACUUCAGUUAAUUGUUGUUGUUGUUGCUAAGAGUAUCAUAGCUGUGAAGGAUUGUUUUAGCUAUGUUUCCAUGAUAGUGAAUACAACUGGAGCAUCUUGUAAGAGAAAAGAUCAGCUUAGAAUGUUAGAACAUGAGAGAUUAGUCAAAGAACUCAAUGAUGAAGUAAGGACAAGUGGAAAAGGCCAAAAUCAGGAGACAAGUUUGGUAAGACCUGGAGAUACUCGAUGGGGCUCACAUUAUGUGACUUUGCUUCGUUUAUGUGCUAUGUGGCCUUCAGUAGAGAAAGUGUUGGAGAAUAUACGUGAUGAUACCACUAGCUCUGAGGUUAGAAGUACUGCAAGAGGUUUGCUUCGGAAGAUGAAUGAUUAUGAGUUUGUGUUUGUGAUGCAUUUGAUGAAAUAUUUGUUAGGAAUCACAAAUGAAUUGUCAUAUGCAUUACAAAGAAGGGAUCAAAAUAUUGUGCAAGCCAUGAUUUUGAUUGAUGCAGUGAAAUCUCAACUACAUGACUUCAGAAACACUGGGUGGAAAAUAAUUUGUGAUGAAGUCAAUAGAUUUUGUGAGGUGAAUGUUAUUUCUUUGAUUGAUAUGGAAGACACGAUAACACGACCUGGUUAUAGAAGGCAGAGCAUCACCAAUGAUCAUUAUUACCGUGUGGAGAUUUUUACAGAGGUUGUUGAUUUAAUCAUACAAGAGAUGAAUAAUCGUUUUUCUGAAGCUAGCACCGAUCUACUUAGAUGCAUGGCAUGUCUUGAUCCAAGAGAUUCUUUCUCCCAAUUCGACAUUAAUCAACUCAUGCGUUUUACUACUUGGUAUCCUGAAGACUUCUCCGCAGGUGAUUGUUUAUGUCUGCCACAACAACUCCGUAAUUUCAUAGUACUUGUGCGGCAUCAUCCUCGCUUUUCUACGAUCACUGAUUUGGGAAGUUUUGCUCAAGAAAUGGUUAAAAGUGGCAAUCAUUUAAUUUUUCAAUUAGUUUAUCGUAUGAUUGAGUUGACAUUGGUUUUACCUGUAGCUACUGCUUCUGUUGAGAGAGCAUUUUCUGCAAUGAAGCUCGUCAAAAGUGAUUUGCGAAAUCGUAUGCAAGACGAGUGGAUGAAUGACAGUUUGAUCGUGUACAUUGAAAAGGAUAUUUUCUCAACAAUUGAUAAUGAGAAGAUAUUGCAACGUUUUCAGUCGAUGAGUACACGUCGCAAUCAAUUGUCAUCACUUUCUCAAACAGAAACAACUAGUUCACCAAGUAUUUAUUCUUUGGUUAUUUGUAAUGUAUUGAACUUUUAUAGCUAUGUUAUUUCAAAUGUAUUAGAACUAUAUUAUCUAUGAA